AUGUCGACCUCAUCAGGGACCCCCGAGUCCUGGAUCUCGUCCUUCUGCUCCCUCUUGGGACACGAAUACUUUGCUGAAGUGUCGGAGGAAUUUAUUGAGGAUGAUUUCAACCUGACUGGCCUGCAGUCGCAGGUCGCCAUGUACAAAGAGGCCCUGGAGAUGAUUCUCGACGUCGAACCCGAGGAGGACGAGGAGGACGAAGAUGAGGAGGAGCAAUCAGAAGAGGACGCCUCGGAUGGGCAAGAACGCAGGUCACACAGCGGGAGGAGACGCGGUCGCCGGGCUAGUGACCUGUCGCUGAUCGAAUCGUCCGCCGAGAUGCUCUACGGCCUGAUCCACCAGCGUUUCAUCUGCUCGCGGGCCGGCAUCCAACAAAUGUCGGAAAAGUACGAGUUGGGCCACUUCGGCGUGUGUCCGCGCACCAUGUGCAACCAAACCCGCACCCUGCCCGUCGGUCUGUCCGACAUACCGGGCGAGGACACAGUCAAGCUGUUCUGCCCGUCGUGUCUGGACGUCUACGUUCCGCCUAACAGUCGCUUCCAAACGGUCGACGGCGCCUUCUUCGGUCGCACCUUUGGCGCUUUAUUCUUGAUGACUUUCCCCGAGUAUGAUCUGUCGCGCUCUGGUGCCGAGCACGCCGCCAACCUGCCGCGCCCGCAGAACGGUGGCGAGGAACCCAUGCUCAACGGCAUGUAUGUGCGUAACAUCGCUCCCGGUCUGGGUCGUGGGAAGAUUUAUGAGCCCAAGAUCUAUGGUUUCAAAGUGUCGGAGCGGUCUCGCGCUGGUCCGCGCAUGCGUUGGUUGCGCGACAAGCCUGAUGAUAUGAGUGUGCUCGACGAGACACGGCGUUUUCACGAGCAACAACGUCUUGCCGCUGGCGGCGCUGAGUCUGACUCGGAUGAUGAUGUGAGCAUGGGUACCAAUGGCCGGCCUCGCAGGCGUCCUCCUGGUAACCUCCGGCUGAGACAGCGACAACGCGAGCAGGCUCAGGCGCAAGCUCAGGCAAGGAAUGGCACCGGCAGUCCUAUGGCUCUCGAGACUAAUGGAGGCGAGUCAGAACUCUGA